GGGAAGGGUGAGCCGGCGGAGCGGGGGAGCAGCCAGCCAGAAGAGCAAGGAAGCCGGCCCCUCCCUCUCCUCGCUCCCGCAGGCAGCCCCCCCUCCCCGGGGCAUUCGCGCCCCUUUUCUGGCCAUCCGGGGAGCCGGAGAAGCGGGGCUAACCCUGGGGGCUCGCGCGGGGCGAGGCGCUCAGACAUCGGCUCCUCUGCAUUCUGCCUUUUUGUCCUCCCAUCCCGUCUGCGCGUUGCGCCUCCCAAGUAAGGGAAUCAAUUGGAAGACGGAAGGCUCCGGCCGGAGGGAGGAGGAAAGAACUCCAAGUCUCCUUCCAUUCCGUCUGACUCCACCCCCGAAUGACCUCACAAAAGGGAGCGCCAAUGCCCAGAAGCCAAAGCCCCUCUCUAGACCUGCAGGAGGCCUCCCCAACUCCCUACACAUGAUCUGCCCAGGGGCCUGACAUUAAGAAUAUUUGACGAACCUUUCCAUCAGGGUUUGGUCAACCAGAAGGCCAAAGGAGGUGCCCAAAAGAGCAGCCAGUUCAUUUUUCGGGAAGAUGGAACAGACAGGGAAGAGCCAAGAUUCUGGGCCCUUUGUGGAGUUUUUGCAGAGUUCUUCCAUGGACUUGAUCUUGACUAUGGCUAGAAAGGUGGUACCUGAGGAAUAGCAGAGGUCUUUACCUCUAUUCUGGUGGUGAACUAAGAGAUGCCCCUUGCAACUGAUAUCAAGGAGAAUAAUGGAAACAUCAAGACCUAGAAUAUAGUAAUCACUCCAUUAGAAUAAUGAACACCGGCAAGGCUUAAGAUCAAAGGAGCAAGUCGAGGUAAGGCAAUCUGUCCCAGUCCAUUCCAGCAGCAAUCAUCUGGAUUCUUCAAGGAUUUACCUGAAAGAUGAGUGAUGGGCUGUGGGCCUCUCUCAGUCCUAAGGAAUUUAAUCAACUAGAGAAAUAUUCAAAAGAUUCUCCCAAGAAGUUAAAAGAUGUCUUAGAAGCAUUUUAUGGAACUGCUCUGGAGUCAAAAUAUAACUCACAACUGCUCAUUGACUAUGAAGGAUUCAAGGUUUUCAUGAAAAAUUACCUGGAUGAUGUCAUCCCUGAGGAACUCUGUAAGCAUCUUUUCCUGUCCUUCACAUGCAAGAACCGAAAGGGGACCCUUAUGAAGAAAAGUUCCAAGCUCUCCCAAGACAACAUUUCUGAUCAUGAGUCCAGCACACCUGUUGCCCAGGCCCAGAAGGAGUCCGACGAUGUGCCCAAAGAGGAUGAGCAGAGGACUUCCUCCAUUUCGGGGGCCGAAGAUGAAGGCAACUUGAACAAAAGGCGUCAAUCCAAAAAUGUGUCUUUCUCUCCCGAUAGCCCCUUGUCUUCUCUUCAGGGUAAAAGUUCAAAGACCAAUGAGUCCGAGGACAAUAAGAGCUCGAGCUCAGUUUCUCAGUCACUUUUCGAUGCUGCACCCCAGGUCAUCUACCUGAAAGACAUCAUCUGUUACCUAUCACUGUUGGAAAGAGGUCGGACCCAGGACAAGCUGGAGUUCAUGUUUCGCCUGUAUGACACGGAUGGCAAUGGUUACCUGGAUAGUAACGAACUGGAGCAAAUUCUUAAUGAGAUGGUGCAUGUGGCUGAAUAUCUGAAAUGGGAUUGCACAGAGCUUAAACCUAUCUUGAAGAACCUGAUGACAGAGAUUGAUAUUAACCAUGAUGGUAUUGUGACCUUAAGAGAGUGGAUUCAUGGAGGAAUGACGACCAUUCCAAUCCUGGUCCUACUAGGGAUGGAAACAAAUGUGAAUGAAGAUGGCCAACACUCUUGGAAGCUAAAGAAUUUCAAAAAGCCCGUCUUCUGCCAUUUUUGCCACGUAAUGCUGACAGGAAUGCGGAAACAGGCCCUGUGUUGCUCAUUUUGUAAAUAUAUAGUCCAUCAAAGUUGUAUAAAUGAAAACAUCCCUCCAUGCAUCAGCACUUAUGCAAAAUCUAGGAAAGAAUCUGAGGUAAUGCAGCACGUAUGGAUGGAAGGGAAUAACUCUUUGAACUGUGAUAUUUGCAACAAAGUCAUCAAAUGCUGCCAGCCAGGGGCUUCAAUCCACUGUGUGUGGUGCCAGAUCACGAUUCACCAAAAAUGCGCCACCUUGAUUUCAGAAAUAUGUGAUGGUGGCCAACUCAAAGACCAUAUUCUCCUGCCAACUAAUAUAUUCCCCAUGGUCCUGGUCACGAAAGAGGAAAUCAAGGCCAUGACCAUUGCUGCGGGUACCAUAGCUGAUUCCAAACCCAGGAUUUCAUCCAAGAAUGCAAGUGAAUCGGAGAAAAUGGAAGUCAUGGACACGACCAUCUUUGAUGAAGGCAUAACUGAUUCCCAACCCAGUACUUCAGUCAAGGAAGCAAGUGAAUUGGAGAAGAAAGAAAAAGAAGAAACCCCUGAUUCAUGCACUGAUGAUGCUCUAAAGAAGGUUGAAUCCUGUCCUUCAAUUAAAGAUGCAGAUGAGGAGGAGAAGAAAGAAGAAAUCACCGGUAGCAAAAUCUCUUCAACUGAUUCAAGCCUUGACAGUCGCACAAAUGAAGACAAAGUCAGUUAUUUUACCAAGGAUACAAAUGAAGAGACGAGCUCGGAAGCCCUCAAUAAUGAAUUGAGUGAUGAAUUUGCUGAUUCUGGCCGUGAGAAUUCCAUAAACAUGGAUUUGGAGAAAUUAGAGGAUAAGGAGAAGAAAUCCUUUGAUUCUGAAUUGAACAGUGAUUUGGGUGAGAUUCCUGACCAUGAGAAUUCCAAAAUCACGGAUAAGGUGAAAGUAGAGAUUGCUGAAGCCCCCAAUAAUGAACUGACUUCCAAAUCUGCUGGAGUUCAUGGGCAUGAGAGUUCCGUAAGCAUGGAUAUACAAACAUCAAAGGAGCAAAAUUUCUUAAAUGAAUUGGAAAAACUGGAUUUGCUUAGUCGUUCUGAAGAUACCAGUUCCAUAAACAUGGAUAUACAGAAAUUAAAGGAGAAGAAAGCCUUUGAUAAUGAAUUGAUCAACUUAUUUGUGGAUGUUCCUAGCCUUGUGAAAGUCAUAAAAAUGGACAUACAGAAAUUACAGGAGAAGGAAGACUAUGAUAAUGAAUUGUUCAACUUACUAGCGAAUGUUCCUGGACUUGCAGAUGCCAUAAAGCUGGAAUUAGAGAGGGAAGCCGCUUUGAGGGAAAGGGGCGAAGACUUUCCUGAUGCUCGUGGUCGUGAAAGUACCAUAAGCAUGGAUUCGCAGAGAUCAAAGAGAAAGAAAAGCAGUAUUAUGAGCGGGUCCACCAGAGUCUCUAUGUCUACCAUUACGCCUGACUUUUCCUUAAGUGAGAUACCAACAGAAAUAUCCACCACAGAUGAAGAGGAAUCUGAGGAGUAUGAAGAAAUGUCUGAGGAAGAAUAUUUACGGAAAGACAGAACCAUGGUGCACUUCAGGAGAUCAAUAAGGACUAAGUCUCUGGUCAAAGAAGAGGGGAAUGAUUUGCGUAAAUGCUUCAUUUCCAAGGCUACUCUCGCGGAGAAUAAACCAAUCCACCCCUCCUUGAUGGAUGGACAUGGAUUACAGAUUAUUCCACCAAAGGACACACAUCCCCUGCUUGUCUUGCUCAAUCCUAAGAGUGGAGGAAGACAAGGAGAAAGAGUCCUUCGGAAAUUCCAGUAUCUGCUCAACCCCAGACAAAUUUACAACCUGGCGCAAACGGGGCCUACUCCAGGACUGCAUUUUUUCCGCUAUGUGCCAAACUUCCGCAUACUCAUUUGUGGAGGAGAUGGGACUGUCGGUUGGGUACUGGAUUGUAUCGAUAAGAUUAAUUUUGCCAAACAUCCAAAAGUGGCAAUCCUGCCUCUUGGAACAGGAAAUGACCUUUCCAGGUGUCUCCGCUGGGGAAGAGGUUACGAAGGUGGCAAUUUGAUCAAACUCCUAAAGGACAUUGAGCAAAGUUCUGAGGUGAUGCUGGAUCGGUGGCACCUUGAAAUCACCCCUCAAGACAAGGACAGUAAAGGAGAUCCUGUUCCACACUGCGUGUUCAAUAAUUAUUUCUCUAUUGGUGUGGACGCCUCCAUUGCCCACAGAUUCCACCUCAUGCGAGAGAAAUACCCAGAAAAAUUCACCAGCAGGAUGAAGAAUAGGCUGUGGUACUUUGAAUUUGGCACAACAGAGACCUUUGCUUCCACCUGCAAGAAGCUGCAAACCUUCAUAGAAGUGGAGUGCGAUGGCAUCACCCUGGACCUCAAAAGCACCUUGCUGGAGGGCAUCGCGAUACUCAACAUUCCCAGCAUGUACGGGGGCACCAACCUCUGGGGAGAGACCAAGAGACAGAGACCACCCUCAGCAGGGAAGAAAACCUCAGAGAAAUCUCCCAUAGAAACAACCACGGACCCCAAAGAGCUGAAGUUCUGCAUCCAAGAUUUCAGUGACCGUCUUCUGGAAGUGGUGGGGCUGGGGGGCGCCAUGGAGAUGGGGCAAAUCUACACUGGACUGAAGAGCGCUGGGAGGAGGCUGGCUCAGUGUGCCUCUAUUACCAUCAGGACAACCAAGAUGUUGCCCAUGCAAGUGGACGGGGAGCCCUGGCUGCAGGCGCCCUGCACGGCUAAAAUCACCCACAAAAACCAAAUGUUUAUGUUGUUGGGGGCCCUUUCCAAAGCCCAAAUUUUCUUCCUCAAAGAAUAA